CUUCCCUUGGCUUGGCAUCGAGUUCGUCUGCCGCGUGGGAUCGACGCACCGUCGAAGCGGAAGGCGAGGAGCGAUGUGCUUGGUGUUCGUGUGCGACGAGGAGGAGCGGGUGUUGGGGACCCACCAGGCGCCGGGGAGCUGCCCCUUCUGCGGCGGCGUGGUCAUGGCCACGGACGUGGAGAGCGCCUGGCGGUUCUGCUUCCUCCCCCUCUACUUCCACACCAAGAGGCGGUUCUACUGCACCCUCUGCACGCGCCGCUUGGUCGCUUACCCUUAGGCGCACUCCCAUCGUCUCCACUUCUUUGUUCUCUGUAUCUACCCUUCUGAUCCGUGCUUGUACGACGCUCCUACAUGCUGCUAAUAACGUUCAACUUCUAUGGUGAUCUGUA